AUGAUUCAGAAUCAGAUUCAGAGUGGAGGGUAUGAAGUGGACCUGUUUGUGGAGGCGCCGGACUAUGACCUCAUCUGCAUCAUCUGCAGAGGGGUCCUGCGCUGCCCAGUCCGUGUGGCCUGCAACCACAUCUUCUGCAAGAAGUGCAUCCUCCAGUGGCUGAAGAGACAGGAAACGUGUCCUUGCUGCAGGAAGCCCGUGAGUCAGAACCUCAUGUUUGUGAUGUUCAGACUCAGCAAAGCCAUCGGUCGCCUACAAGUCAAGGUUUUUUUACCCUCCCCCUGGCACCAGUGUCGAAACACACCACAGGGAUGUGCAGCCAUUUUCCCUCUCUCUGAGGAGUACCUCCACAGCUCCACUUGUCCUUUCGAGCGGCUGCUCUGCCCGCACUUGGGCUGCGGGACGCGGGUGCUGCGGCGCGACGCAGACUCGCACGCCUGCGCUUGCCCGCACUGGACCCAGCUGUGCCCGAUGGGCUGCGGCACGCAGCUGAGCCGCACCACGCAGCCGCAGCACAACUGCUACCGCGAGCUGCAGCAGCGCUACGAGGCUCAGCGCAGCCGGCAGCGCACCAUCGCCGCCGCCCUGCGCCGCAAGAUGACGCGCAUGCAGAGCACCAUGGCCCACAUGCGGCGGCAGGUAGGGCUCAUCUGCGAGAGCCUGGAGGUGCUGGAGGAGUGCGAGGAGCAGGAGGAAGAGGAGAGCCCCGGAGAGGGGACCAGCUCCAGCAGCAACAGCAGCACCGCCAGCAGCACCAGCAGCAGCAGCUCGUAAAGGGGCUGGAGUCCGGGGCGUCUGUGCAGGAAUGCUUUGGAAUGUUUCUGUCUAUUUUGUAGGAGUUGCUUUGUGUUUUUAAGACCUAGGUCUGAAUGCGUGUUGGAGAGCUCUCGCACCUGAGAUGGGUGUGAGAGUAAUGCUGGGUGAGGCAUUCUUAUUGAGGUCUUCCCAGGUGACACGCCUAAGCAUAGCACAGAAUGGUAUUUGAAACAAGGCAAGCAUGUCUCACUUGUCAUUUGUUUUCACGUGGUGUACCCAUUUCCAAAGAAUAAAUGUGCUUUCAUAUGA